AUGUCUUUUUCAAAUCGACAACAACGAGGCCAUUACGCGACUAACGCAUGCACUAAUUGCAAAACAAAGCACGCAAAGUGUUUCGAAGAAGCUAUUUGCACAAAUUGCGCAUCACACAACCUUGAAUGUAUUUAUGUUAAGCCGGUUAAAAAACGGGGACCAAAAGCUGCUAAUAGAUCAGCUAACGUUUUUGAAGAUAACUCCGGCGAAGUCCCAAAUAUCGAACGGGAACACUCAUCAACUCAAUUUAGCGUACCCAUUCCUUUCUACCUUGACUAUAAUGAAGAAUUUCAAUCAAUCCAAAAUAGUUGUUUUUCACAUAGUAAUACCAAUGAAAUUAUUCUUG